ACAUGGCAUCACAACUCAUAAGUGCUCAUUAAGGAGCGACUUAGUGUACUACGAGUACAAAGAUAAGCAAGAUAUGACUGAAGUUCGACGCAGGGAAGCCAUAUUAUGCAUGAAUGGAAGGGUGAAAUUCAGUUGUCAUGCGGUUUCAGAACCAUCUUUCUGAGCGUUUUUCACUAUGCGGCGGUUUCAGUUCAUUGGGGUGUCCCCCGCUGUCUGGUGAUGAGAUUGGUUUUAAGUUAUUCUGUGGGGAUUGGAGGUGGCUUGCAGAUCGGGUUCGGUUUUACUCGUGACCCUUGCUUGUGUUGUGGAUCAUGUGCUUGUGCUUAUAUUGCUCAGCUCAGCCCAUCGAGUGCGAUACUUGAGAGGAUUGGUCUCAGGGGGUUUAUGAUUUCAUAGAAAUUAGCUAGCUGUAUUGCUGCAUUUGUGACUCGCUUAUACUUAGGAUAUGAGUCGAAUCCACCAAUAUUUCAUACGUGCACUCGUUCCUACAGCCAUGUAUGACUUGCGUCGUCUCUUCGUCGUCAAGAAGAACAUCGGG